UUUUUAUAUUUCAUUCAAGAUUACAAUCUGAAAAUUUGGCAAUAUGUAGAAAAAUUAUAAAAUAAUGUCCUGAAAGGUCAUGAUUCAAAACGAGGCUGACCCCCAGCCUCUUUUUUCCUUCCCACGUCUGAAAGAUGACGAAGGGAACAUCAAGCUUCGGAAAGCGGAACCAGAAGACGCACUCUCUGUGCAGACGUUGUGGUAAGAGCUCCUACCACAUCCAGAAGAAGAGAUGUGCCGGCUGCGGUUACCCUAGCAAGAAGAUGCGGAGCUAUAACUGGAGCAUGAAGGCCAAGAGGAGAAAGAUGACAGGUACUGGCAGGAUGCGUCAUCUCAAGCAGGUGCAGCGUAGAUUCGACAAUGGUUUCCGUGAAGGAACUACGCCCAAGCCACGCAAGAGGGGCGCAGCCGCUGCUGCCGUGUCCAAGUCCUAGAUGACAACCCAAGCACCUGAUACUGGGAUGGACAGCUGUAGCUGGCACCUGUGACAUCUGCAUUUCCAGUUACUUCACUCCACAGUGGAAUUGAGCCAGAACAUCAGGCAACAGCUCUGUCAAGUUUGAAUUCCAUGGAAAUAAAUAGAUCUUCACAUCA